GGCCCUUCCCCGCUCAGCUCAUACUCUGCUCUAACGGCGUCCGAGCUUGCCACUUUUUACGCGAUGGCGGGACAGAAACCGUCGGCGUAUGCGCGAGGCCGUCGCGCCAAUUCGCGCACGUCAUGCUUCACAAGUCACUACACGGGGUUCUCGAUCUUCUAUGUUUGUUGAGCCGCUGAGGUCUCUGAUGAUGCGGGCAUACCAUUAUCGGCCAGCUACAUUUAAAAUUCGGCUGUCCAUACCCUUGAUCAGCGCUCAGUCCUAUUCGCGUGCGAGCGGUGCAGCACGAUUCUUCGCAGAGGAGCGCGUUCUCAUCGGCGUACGCCGGCACAUCGUCAUCUGCGCAAGACCAUUGGCCUGCAUGACCUUCGAAUUCCCUGCUUGCCACAGAUAUUUGAAUAUGAUCCAGGCUGUACGCCAUCUUACCGUCGUCUCUGAUAUGAGCGGUGCAGCUACACGCUCUUGCACGCUGAACCAUUUAUUCACACACGGCCAUCCUCCCAUUCCGAGAAGUCGACGCGCUGUGCGGCUGGUAUAUCCACAUCAGCACUUCCCUGUCCUUCUCUCGCAGAUACACAAGCUCCGCCACAAGCUGUGUCAGUUUCACAACACAUUCCCACAACUCGACAGAUCGAAGAGGGCAUACGCAGGCCACAUCUUAUCUCGUCGCUCUCAUUUGAUGUCGGCGUACGAUACCUUGGUGGUGCGGUGUUCAAACGCAUGCGCUGCAAACUCUCCGCAGGCUUCUUUUACCUCAACUUCUCGCUCAUGUCGGAUCCCGCGACAACUCCGCCCUAGAUUUCGAGCUGUGGGGCUAUGCGACACGUCCUACCCAUCCACAUCUCAGUCGCUUCCCUUCCGCCUGUCAGCGCCGUUUGUUGCCUCGCCGCUGAUUCCCUAAUUGGUCC